UUGACUUUUUUCUUGGAUUUUCCUAAUUUUGAAUCUUCUAAGGCACGUAAAGAGUAAAGCGACAAGCUUAUAUUAUUGUAGCCAUAUUGACAUUAACAAUCAGUAAUGACGCAUUGCCGCUCAAUUGUUGUAUAGCCUAUUUCACAUCUAUUUCAUACAAAUCUAAAAGUUUUAUUUAUUUUGUGUUUAUUUCUCUAUCACUUACUUUGUGUAUAUAUUUCGUGUUAGAUAUUCACAGAUUAAUGGAAGAUAAACAAUAUAUGAUAUAAUGAAAAUAUCAUUUCAAUUUUUCGGUGAGGUUAAAUUUAAUACAGUAGUACGAUGUAAAGAAAUAUAUUAGUUUUAGUUAUUAAAAUAAUCAAGGAAAUAAAAUAAUAUUUAUCGUAAAGGUUAGAUUGUAAAAGAGUUCAAAUAAAAAUUAAUGACGGAAAGAUACAAACAUUUAAUUGUCAAAAAUGUACAAGAUUUGUGAACGUCAUAAGAGAAUUUAAGUGGUAUUGGUGAUUCAUAUAAUUUUACGAUAUUAUUGAUAACCAAAAUACGAAUAUUUACAAGUAUUGAUUCAUUUUAUACUUAAUAUUCAAUAUCUUAUUUAUGUUAAUUUAAUAAGGUGAAAUAUUAAAAAAAUGAUUUAAAAAUGAGCACUUUAAACAACUCUGUUAUAAUUUGUUACGAAAAUUCAAAACCAAGGAAAGAAAAAGUAUCUUCAAAAAAAAAAAAAGUACAAAAACAUGUAAAACGAACAUUCUAUGAAAGUCCACUGAGACAUAUCCAAUUAAGUAACAAAAGAUGGGCACAAGCACAAAAACGACUAUCAUGUAAUACUAACCAAGUCUUUAACAAAAGAAAAGAUUCUUUUUGCUUUGCAAAAGAGUCUUUACAAGAUAGCGUUAUUAUUUUAAGCGAUAAUGAAAAUGAAUUAAAUAAUAAAGAUGAUGAAAGUAAACAAGAACUACAAACAAGAAAGAGAUUCUUAGAUUUGUCAAUAAAUGGUGAAGGAAAUCCUCAAUGUAAUUCAAAUGAAACAUUAAGUCAAACGAAAACUGCAGUAGAAGGACCUCCAAGGAAGAAAAGGAAAAAGAACAUUGUUGCAUUAUCAGAAAAUAAUUCAACUUGUCCUUCAGUAUCUAAUACAAUUAUCGAUUUAGAUGAUGAAAACAUAGCUUUGGUAUCAGAUUCUAUAAAUCAAAGUUUAGAUGAUAUUGUUGUGGUAUGGUCAUCAACAAAAACUAUUCCAUCAUCUGGAGAAACUAUUCCAUCAUCUGUAGAAACUGUUCCAUCAUCUGUAGAAACUGUUCCACCAUCUGCAGAAACUGUUGCACCCUCUACAGAAACUGUUCCACAAUCUGUAAAAAUUCCUGUGCCAAGUGCAAAAACUCCUCCACUAUCUGUAAAAACUCCAACAUGUGCAAAAGUUCCUCCACAAUCUGUGAAAAGUUCACCAUGUGCAAAAACUUCUCUACUCUCCAUAGAAACUUUUGUACCAUCUGUAAAUCAAUCAGAAGAAGAACCUAUAGAUCGAAAGAAGAAUGACAGAAUUUUUAUGAUAGAUACUACACCAAAUAAAAACAAUCUUAGUUGCUUACAAUCCAAUGAAGAUAUAUUGCAACAACAUGAAACAAAUACUGAAAAGGAUGCAAAAAACAAAAAAGUAGAAGAAGAAGAAAGUGUGAUAACUUGUUUACCUUUCAGCAAACGUAGAUUGAAAUUUCCUAAACCUCAUAAUAUAAGCAAGAACAUUAUAAUGAUAAAACCAAAGACAACUCAAAGAUUAAGAAAUUUCAAACGACCAGUAACAAACUAUACUACAUCUACAUUUACAUCUACUACAUCUACUAUGUCCACUACAUUUAAUACAUCUGCUACAUCUACUAUAUCCACUACAUUUAAUACAUCUAUUAUACCUACUAUAUCCACUAUUUAUACAUCUACUAUUGAUACAUCUACUAUACCUACUAUCUCUAGUACAAGUACAUUACCACUUGUAUAUAAUAUGCCAGUCGCAUAUAACUAUCCUAAUUUAUAUGAUUUUUCUAAUCCUGGAUUUCAAACUACUUUUGAGCCUAGCUUUAUAUCAUAUCCCCAAUUAUCUACAACUGGAUCAUCUGUACCUCAACCACUUAAUAGCUUACGGGAGAUAGUUAUUGACGGCAACAAUAUAGCUAUGGCGUAUCGUAAACAUAAAAUAUUUGCGGAGGAAGGAAUCAAGAUAGUCGUAGAGUAUUUCCAAAAGAGGGGUCAUUCUGUUAAAGUAUUUGUACCUCAUUAUAGAAGAUCAUUAAACCACCCAUUACUUGAAAAGUUAUACACAGAUGGAAUAGUAAUUUUUACACCAAGUCGUGUUAUUGGUGGUAAACGGAUAACUCCUUACGAUGAUAGGUAUAUAUUAGAAUAUGCAACAAUGUGUGGAGGUAUCGUAGUUUCUUCAGACCAAUAUAGAGAUUUAUAUUUGGAAAAACCAGAGUGGCGUGAUACAAUUGAAAAGAGAUUAUUGAUCCCAACAUUUGUAGGAAAUUAUGUUAUGUUUCCUGAAGAUCCUUUAGGUAGGGGUGGUCCUACACUGGAAGAAUUUCUAAGACAUUGAAUGUAAAAUGUAGUAAAAAAUCAAUGUAAAUAGAAAUUUAGUUUAUACAGAUAA